AUGAAGACGCAGAAUUACCAUGGGAGUGAAAUGUUUUUACCGCUCUCCGAUUGUGUUGGGCUAUCUGUAGAUUUGGUGAAUUUUGUAAUUUGUCAACUUACUGCAUUAUGUAUAGCACCAUUAAUGUAUACAUUUUUGCCACCAAAAAAUCGACAAUAUGUAUUUCUUCGAGAAAUAUUUGGACUUACAAUUGGAUUGUCCAUGGCUUACAUCUGUUUUGGAUAUCAAAUGUUACAUCUUAUUAUUCUACCUACAAUCUGUUACGUUGCUUUACAAACAUUGAGUCCAAAUAUGAUACAUAAAGCCGUUUUACUUAUAUGUUGUUUGUACUUAUCAAUAUUACAUAUUUAUCGUCAAGUUUAUGAGUAUGGAUCUUAUACCUUGGAUAUUACAGGUCCAGUAAUGGUAAUGGUACAAAAAUUAUCAGCAUUAGCAUGUGGCUUACACGAUGGACUCAUGGCUGACAAGAAACAAUUAACAGAUAUUCAACAACGUUAUAAGAUUAGAAAGGCACCAACACUCAUUCAAUACAUAAGCUACUUAUUAACAUUUCAAACAAUUUUAGCUGGUCCCAAUGCUUUUUUUGAAGAUUAUAUUGCCUAUUUAGAUGGUACCAAUUUUCCAAAAAAAUUACCAAAAGAGGCUAAAUCACCUCCAUCUCCUUUAAAGCCUGUAUUGAAAAAAGUAUUAAUUACUUUCAUAUGCGCUCUUGUAAUUUACUUCAUUGUACCAAUGUACCCAGCCUCUACAUUGAUAGAUGAAAAAUUUUUAUACGAAUCUCCAUUUUACUCAAAAGUUUGGUUCAUUAUAGUCAUUACAUCUUUAACUCGUUUCAAGUAUUAUUUUGCUUGGACCCUAGCUGAUGCAGUUUGCAAUGCUUCUGGUUUUGGAUUUUCUGGUUACAAUGAGAAGGGCGAUCAAGAAUGGAAUCUACUCGAUAAUAUUGAUAUUUUAGGAGUUGAAUUUGGUGUUAACUUCAGAGCUACAAUUGAUGCCUGGAACAAAGGCACAAAUCUGUGGCUUCGUUAUGUUAUGUACGAAAGGGCAUCUCCUAAAUAUAACACAGUUAUGACAUACACCUUAUCUGCAUUUUGGCAUGGUUUCUACCCAGGUUAUUAUGUGACCUUCCUUACUGGAUCAUUAUUUACGAACAGUGCAAGAAUGGUUAGGAGAUGUUUAUGGCACAGGUUCCAGCAACCCAAACCUGCAAAACUUGCUUACGACUUUGUAACAUGUUUCUUGACUAGACUUUGUUUGUCAUACAUGACAUUUUCCUUCAUACUCUUGGAGCUUAUGCCUGCAUUACGCGUCUUUUGGCAUCUCAUGUUUUAUCUGCACAUAUUAGCUGCAUUGGGCAUAUAUGUACUACCGUUAAUUGUCACUCCGCUCAAAACAGUCAAGAAAAAAUCACAAUAA